AUGGCUGUCCCUUUACAGGACUUUUGGGUGAGAAAGAUGCGCUCUCUUUUUGUAAUAUUCGACAAGGAUGCUGACGGUGUUGUGACCAAAAACGACUUUCUCGGUGCCGUGGAAGACGAGUUAAAGGCCAGUAUGAAGGAGAUAAAGACAGGUUCAUUUGAGCACCUCCUUUUGAAUGUCUGGGUAGAAUUCUGGGGCGGACCCGAUAAGCUAACCGUUACGUUUGAUGAAAUGUGCUCACGUUAUGCCAGGCUUUUUAAUGAACCUAAUUUACGCAAUCUUAUGGCAGAAUUCUUGAAGGUUUGUUUCGAUGCCGUAGUCCCUGAAGAAGAUCAGCACUUAACCUUGGAUGGUUACACAUUGUUUUUGCGUAAUUAUGGCGUCCACCCCUUAUCGGUCCCUCCUUCCUUCCAAGCCAUUGACACCAACCAUGAUGGUUUAAUCACCAGAGAAGAAUUUGUAAAUGCAGGUAUCGAAUUUUUCACUUGCACCGCUGAUACACCUGCUAAGUUGUUCAUCGGACCCUUUUUGGGAUAG